AUGAAAUUUGAAGUAUGCAUACCUCUAAGGUUAUUAUUAGGAUUUGCCGAGGAUCAUAAAAAAGUCAUCGUUAAUUGUCGUCAAGACUUAAUAUUGCAACGGAGUGGUACAGAUUUAAACUGUAUUUACUCGACAAAUGAAAAUUUAUCAAGUUGUAAAAUUAUUUUGAACAAAGUUAUAUGGAAAGUUCCACAUGUAAGUGUGUCGGAUGUCAUGCGGUUAGACAUGCUCAAAAUCCUGGAAACCUCAACACCGCUUCAAAUAGCAUUUCGAAGUUGGGAUCUAUAUGAAAAUCCCGGCCUACCAAAUAGUAAAAGACAAGCCUGGACUGUGAAAACUUCAUCGCAGACUGAGAGCCCGAGAUUUGUNACAUCGCAGACUGAGAGCUCAAGAUUUGUUAUUGUAGCUUUUCAAGUGGAUAGAAAAAACAAAAUAAACAAAGAUAGUAGUAGAUUUGACCAUUGUUCGUUAUCAUCUCUAAAAGUAUACUUGAAUUCGGAAUCGUACCCCUAUGAUAACUUGNGAUUCGAAAUCGUACCCCUAUGA